AGACACUUUUACCCCUGGGCACCUCCCCAGCACAUUAAUACCCCCCUCACUAACACAGCGCUGACAGUCCCACCCCUGCUUCAUAGAGAGGGCUCAGUCUACGAGGGUCAGGUAUCACAGAAACCGCCAAGAUGGGUGAAGAUGACAAGAAAUCCAAGCUCUCCAAUACUCGCAAAACCCACCUGAAGAGCUUGAUGCUCCAGGUGGCCAAAACUGCACUUGAGAAAGAAGAAGCUGAUAUUGCCGCAGAGAAGGAAGCCUACCUGAGUGAGCACUGCCCACCCCUGAGCCUGCCAAGCAAUUUGGCAGAUCUCCAGGAGUUCUGCAAGAAGAUGCAUGCCAAAAUUGAUGUGGUUGAUGAGGAGAGAUAUGACACAGAAGUCAAAGUCCAGAAGAGCACAAAGGAGCUGGAAGACUUGAACCAGAAGAUGUUUGAUCUGCGUGGCAAGUUCAAGAGGCCCGCCCUUAAACGUGUCCGCAUGUCAGCUGAUGCUAUGCUGCGUGCUCUGCUUGGCUCCAAGCACAAGGUCAACAUGGAACUCCGUGCCAACCUCAAACAGGUCAAGAAGGAAGACACUGACAAGGAGAAGGAUCUCCGUGAUGUUGGUGACUGGCGUAAGAACAUUGAGGAGAAAUCUGGCAUGGAAGGCAGGAAGAAGAUGUUUGAAUCUGAGGCUUAAGCUCUUCUCCAAGACCACUGCCAUCUUAAACCCCUUAUCUUACAGAGACUACCAACAUAACUUAACUUUUCUGUUAACUAGGGGGUAAAUUCCUCUGCUGCUCACUCUCCUGCAGCAAAGGGGAUACUGAAGUCUUACCUCCUCCCCACUCCUGGAUAUUUCACCACUCCACUUUAUACCCUUGUAGAAGGUCUUAAAGAAUGUUAUGGACUCAAGGAGGGGCUCAAAUUUCUGGGUCCCCUCUAUAUUGGCUUUGCAGCAGUUGUGUUAUGCGGACGUGAAAACAUAAACUUGUAAAUAAAGCUUGUGACAUCCCUUAAAGUUGGUGAUACCUGAUCUGGAGGUGACGUCACGUUCCUUUCUUCUA